GUCAAACAGGCGUUAGAGGCGCCUCCCAAAAAAUGAAAUUUGGCCUGAUAGCUAAUAAGGUACUUCCGGUUUGUACUUCCGUUACGCAGCUCAAGCUUACAUCACGAGCAGCUCACAUGUGAAUCAUAAUGACGGGCAAGCAUUGGGUCUAUAUAACCCCUCCCCUCAGGACAGAGUAUCCAUUCAUGUUAGAAAAAUCAGCACCAUCAUCAAUCAGAAAGCAAACAUUUACUCCAUGGACUCCGCAUGUGCUAAAAUUGACAAGGCACCGUUGCCAGAUUUUUGGGCAUCGUUCCUAGCUUCCCGGGCAUCAAUCUCAACUUACCAAGCAAUGAUGAAAGAUGAGCUUUUAACAGGACAGUACUAUGACAUGAAAAUCACCUGUGAAGGCUUCACUUUCAAGGUCCAUCGCGUGAUCGUGUGCUGUCAGUCUCGGUUCUUUGCAGCCGCACUAAGGAAUGAUUUCAAGGAGGCGAUCACUCAGACUAUUGAGCUGCCUGAUGAUGAUCUUGAGACCGUUGAACGUGUUAUUUCAUACCUCUAUAUCCAGGACUACAUGUCCACAGGACACAUAGUGCCACUCAGCUGUACGUCAGAUUUACAAACUGGGAGCGUCGACCCGGAGGAAACAUCAAAUAGCCCAGAAUCAGACAGUCACGGCCAUUGGACAGCCGAUCCCACAGCUGCAGAGGCAUACAAUAACUUUCGGGUCUACUUGGCCGCCGACAAGUAUGGAAUAACGAGCUUGAAAGAUCUUGCUGCGAAAAGGUUCGCUCUUUGUGCACGUGCCCAUUGCGAAACCGAAGCAUUCCUCGGUCUGUUACCAGUUGUAGUGAGCUUGCUGCCUCCGCAUGACCCAAAGAUCCAAGAAAUUAUAGCGGAUGUCAUAUCCGAUCACUCAUCUCAUUUCAAGUCGCAAGAGCAGAUACAUGAGAUUCUGAAAUUUGGAAAUAUCGGACAACUGGUAGUACUCAACCUGUGGCGAAAGGGAAUAGACUUACGAUCAAAGGAGGAGAAAGAUAAAGGCGGUUACAUAGCGCGUCUUGGACAGAAGCUGGAUGGCCGAUCUUCCUGCAGACAGUGUUCGAAAGAAUUUAACGUCUCAUUGCAAGGAGAUGAAUAUGAGCGUGGAAUAUAUCGCUGCUCUGCUUGUCGAACACGGCAUUCAUUUUUCUAACAUGGCCCUUUGGGACUCGGAGGCAAGCAGGAUCUGGAGACAGUGGAUUUGUUGCUUUUGAAUUUGGCGUCUUCACCAACUCGAGGGCAGGUAGGUACUGAUUGGCGUUACCUCUAAUCCUUCUGUGCGAUCUACAUGUUCCAGAAGAGAGCAGCCGAAAGACAAUUGCCUGUUUGUGUUUUAAUAUCAAACAGUUCAUGCUAGGUCGCAAAAAUCAUAAAUCCAUUACAGAG